CUUCUUCUAGGGUUUAUGGUAGAAAAGAAGAUGGGUAUACCAAAUAGGUCGAAGAAACUACGAAAUAUGCUAGAUUCAGAGGCUAAAGUGAAGACGAAGAAACGACGAAGUAAACCAAGAACAGAGAGAAAUGUUGUUGAAGAUGACAGGAUUCCUUACAGAAACUUUAAGGUAAAGGUGUUGGGAACAUAACAGAUUUUUGAGUUCAGAGAUUGUGCUAGACAGGAGAUGGGUCUUGAUAGGUUCAAGGACAUGAUCAGGCCCAAUUUGAGAUUGAAGGGUAGUGAGAUGAUAGACAUAUGGUGGUCAGAGGAUCCAUUAAUCCCAAUGCCUUUGUUAGGGGAAGAAGAUUUCUUGUCUUUAUGGCAUAAUGCAGAAGUUAAUGAGAAUGGUUGGAGUGAAGCAUACAUGCAAGUGCUGGAGAGAACUAACUCUGGUGAGGACCCUUAUGAUAUAGUAGUUCCACACAAGUACUUGACUCCAGUUAAGAGUAGGACACCAAAGAAAUCAGUAUCCAAGCGAAGUACACCUUUUACUUCAACUCCAAAGAAAGCAGUUUACAAAGAAAAUACACCUAUUAGUACAAGAAGAAGUCCUAGGAUAGCAUAAAUCUUAAAGAAACAAAUUGCAGGAAAAAAGAACCUCAGGAAGUUAUUUGUUGAUAUAUCAGAUGAUGAAGAAGUAUGUGAAAAAACUCAAGCAACCCAAGCAAGUGUGGCUGAAAACAUACCUCAAGUCUAUGAAAAUGUAUAUGUUCCACAAAUGUCAGAACAAGCAACUGUUGUUGAAGAAGAAGGUGUAACUGUUGUUGGAGAAGAAGAAGUAACUGUUGUUGAAGAAGAAGUACAAGCAAGUGUGGAUGAUGUAUAUGUUCCUCAGUUCUAUGAAGAAGCUCAACCAACUCAGGAUGGUGUGGCUGAAAACAUGCCUGAACAACCAACUCAAGCAAAUGUGGAUGAAGAAGAGUUUAAUCAUGAUUUCUGGGUUGAAGCUACAACCCAAGCAAGUGUUGCUGAAGAUAUUUACAGGCUGAGUCUAGAAUAUAAGAAGAGUGAUGAGUUUGUAGUUCAACUUCCAAAUACUGAAGAAGAUGAGUGUCAUCCUGAUGAAGAUAUCAACAAUGUACCUGGAUAUGAACAUGAGUUUAAAGAUGAUAUGGAGUACAAGAAGUUUUUGAAGAAGGUUGAGAAUGGGUAUUUAUCUGACAAGGGAAGUGGCAGUGAGAGUGAAGGUAAAGGUGAUAAUGAUGGUGACAGUGUUGAUGGGGAUCCAGAAUUUGGUGAAGUUGAGGUGGAGAAUGACAAAGAAGUGGACCAUUAUGGGGACUUACUGGAUUCUGAAUCUGAAAAGGAACCUACUGAUGAAGAUGAACAUGUUGGGGUGGAGCAGACUUCAGCUGAGCCUGACUGCAGUGGGGUUACUCAUGAUAAUUCAGAGUUUGAGAAGGAAUAUACAGAUCAGCGACGGAGCCAGGAACUAGUGUUUGGUAGGGUUAAAUCUGCAAAAGAAAAAAAAAAUUGUUCAACAAUAUACUGAAAGUUCUACAAAAGAAAUUA